AUGCAAUAUAAUGUUUUUGACUUUGUCAUAACAGUUUCACAAUCUCUUAAGAAUGAAUAAACUGUUUAUUAUUAACUUAAGUAACUCUUAUCUCUUAUAUAAAAGUUAUUUCAAUUAAAAUAAUCAACUAGUCUUUUCCAAUCAACAUAGAUAUUCAGAACUUAAAAAGUUUCAUGAAGCACUUGAAACACUCAAAAUAACAUUACCCUCAUUUCCUGGAUCUUAUUGGUGGAAAUCUGUUAAUUCUGAUCCUGAUUUGAUUGAAGAAAGAAAAAAAUUACUAGAUUAAUAUUUUAGAAAUUUGACUUACUCUAAAAUUGUUAGGGAUUCCUUAAUUUUUAAGAACUUCAUCUUAUCUGCCUAAAAAGAAGCUGAAAAAAGAAUACUUAAGGUAUUUUUUCUUUUGUAUUUAUACAAAGGAAUAAAAAGAAAAGAUUAAGUAAACAGAUGGAUUUGUUAAUCAAAAAUAAAAAAAACUUAAAACAACUAAAUAUUAAACUCCUGCAACCAAUCCAGUCAAUCUUCCUCCUACUCCUGAGAAUGUCAAAGAAAGAUCAUAAUCUUUAGAACACAAACCAAUUACAUUUGAAAAAGAUAAUACUAAAAAACUUUAAUCACCUGUAAUCUAAAUUUAUUUCAUUAGAUUUUAAAUUUUGGAGGAUCAAAAAUCUUUAGAGGCAUCUUAUCAAAUGUUGCUAAAUAAUGAC